CCUCAAAAUUCCACUGUUUAAGCUCGUAAUUCAGUUGCUCAAGCCCGGGUUGGAUGCCUAAUAAGUGGUCGAUCCAAGAAGACGACGACGACGACGAAGAAGAAGCCGCGUACAACCAAAGAACAUACCCGAGAUAGAGAGAGAGAUUUGAUUGUGUUGUUUGUAUAGUAGAGAAACCAUAGUGUAAGAGGCAACCCCCUCCUCUUCUCCGUUCUUCUAUACUUUCCCCCCUCUUUUUACCUAUUCUUUCUAGCUUCAAUAAAUCGGGGGUUCCUCUUAUUGUCUUUAAUACAUAUUUACCUGCCGGUACAGUUUUUUAAUUCAUAAAGAUUUCAGGGGUGAAAGAGGGCAAACGGGGGGAUUUUUUUUAUUCUUGUUCUUGGGGAGACAAAGGAACAAAGGAGAAGAUGUCAAAGAAGAAAGCUUUCAGUGGCAGUACGAUGACUUUAAAAGAUUUUCAUGGCGGUUCUAUCCCAUCUGAUCUUCCUCUCCCUUCUGCCCCUGGCGUGACCGUUAGGCCUACCGAUCGUUCGGGUUUUGAUAGAGCUACGUCAUUGGGAAACCCGGUUGGGCGACCUGAUCACCGUGCCCGGCCGAAUUCGUCACCUGCAACUAGGCAUUUUGAUGAUAAAACUCCAUUUCUUACCAGUUCAGUUCAUAUUGGUCGUUAUUUUGAUGAGGAUGAAAGGAAGCCGUUAGUUGGGGGUUCUGCCCCGCGUAGAACUGUUACCGAUGAGAUUUUAGGGGUUCCAGCUAGUCGUCUGGAGCAGAAGCCAGAGUCUGUUCAUGCUGGGAGGUUUUUGGGGCGAUAUGGCUUAGCUCAGGUAGCUCCAUUGUCUAGUGGCUCAGGGAAUCUCUACUCUAGUCGAGUGUCUGAGGCUGAAGCUGUUGGCACGAGUUCUCACAAUUCUGGGGGGAAUCAUAGGCAGGCUGCUUCUGGGCCGUAUCCUAAUGCAUGGGCCGCUAGGAAGGAGUUGGCAGUGAGUGUUGCUCAUGCUGAACAAAGUGCUGUCUUGAAGUUGGCUCAUGCUAGUGCUAUUGACAAAGUUUCCUCGGGUAGAUGGCAGUCAAAGCAAUCUGUUCUAUAUCAGAAAGAUGUUGAUGUUAGUAAACACAAGGAAACAGAAAAUGGCUUGCAUCCCCUGGGUUAUGAUGAUAAGACUGUUCUAUAUCAGAAAGAUGUUGAUGUUAGUAAACACAAGGAAACAGAAAAUGGCUUGCAUCCCCUGGGUUAUGAUGAUAAGACACACGGCAGAACGAAUGGUGUAGCCGGGAGGGAGUAUUAUGAUGUGAUGUUGGCAAGGCAAGUUGAAAGAGGACUGAACAUUGAAGAUGGAAUUCAGGGUGGUAGAAAGGCGAUACCAGACUAUGAGAGGAACCACACUCCUAACUAUUUGGAACUUAAAGAAAAUAAAUCAGAUAUUUACGGUGAAGGAACUCAAUCCAGUGGUGCAGAUGGCAAAUUUGGCAGUUCUAAGUCACAGCCAUUGUCGUCAGUGCGGUCUGAUGCAUCUGAGCGGCCCAAGUUGAAGUUACUUCCUCGCACCAAGCAAUUGGAUAAUCUGGAAUCACCUUUUGUUGAUGCUAAUCAGGGGCAACUGCGGCCAAGUGAAUCUGUUAUUGAUCAUGCUGGAAUUGGUAAUGAUUCAUAUGGAUAUGUGAAUACUUCAAAACCUGGUUCAGCUGGCAGUGAGAAUGGGAACCAGGCAGUGGACCGUCCUAAACUGAAUUUAAAGCCUCGUUCACAGCCCAAUGAACAAUUGGAGGGUAAUUUUGAGAAGGAAAGAAAUGCCUUGUUUGGUGGUGCAGGCCCACGAGAACUGGUUCUGAAGGAGAGAGGGAUUGAUGACAGCAGCCAUGAGCCAGGCCAACAUCAUGAUAGGGUCAAACAUAAUGUUCCAAGAAGUGAAAAAGUUGCUGAGCAACCUGCUGCUCGCCAUGGUGAAAGAGUUGGGAAUCCUCGAAGAAAAUCUGAGAGAAACCACGUUGUUCACAAUGAAAGAGUUGAUAUGCAAAGGAGGAACUGGCGUAAUGAAAAUCAGCAGAAUGAAAGGGAAACUGAAAGACAGCAGCAGCCACGGUGGCUGCAGCAGCAGGAGAGGCAGCCGUCACCUGAAACCUGGCAUAAGCCUGCCGACCAGCCUAAGCCUGUCUCUCCCGAAGCUGCUGGUUUGCGCUAUGGAAAAGCAGCAUCAGCAUUGGAGCUUGCUCAAGCUUUUUCCAAACCAUUCUCAGAUCAGAAAACAGAUGAUCAACAUGCUGGGCAAAUGCCAUUUUCUCGGCUGAUGGGUCCAACUCCAAGGCCUCAAAUAAAUGGUUACUAAAUUUUAAUAGAACCGGAGCCUCGUCUUACUGGUGACUGCCUAAAUGAUUUCAGGAUGUCAGUAAUUGUAUUUGUGCAGUAUGGCCUCAUGAUUUCAUGCAGAUGAUCUGUUUUUGUUUUUUCAAUUUAAAACAAAAAUUUAGAACAAUUGGUGCAUCAAAUCAAUUGCAAUGUCGUCCUUCCUUUUUC